CCUCACACUUCUUUCAAUACAACAUUCGGUUCAGAUAAAGCCCCGCUUCAAGGAGAAACAACAACAUGGCAGGAGAGAACCAGUCCUCAACCAGUACUUCCAAUACCACAACAAAGAAAAACGUGGGAGAAAAGACCUUCCAAGGGCUUGGUAACCUUAUCAAGAUCCUCCCUAGUGGGACUGUCUUCCUCUUCCAAUUCCUCAAUCCUCUCCUCACCAACAAAGGCAGCUGCCACACUGUAAAUAAGUAUCUAACUGGUGCUCUCCUAAUCGUAUGUGGCAUCUCUUGUUUCUUUUCUUCCUUUACUGAUAGCUAUGUUGGGAGCAAUGGAAAGGUUUACUAUGGAGUGGCGACGAAGGAUGGACUGAAGGCCUUCUCCGGCUCGGACUCGAGCAAAAAGGACCUCUCCAAACACAAAUUACGCUUUUCAGAUUUUGUGCAUGCGUUUCUUGCACUGGCCGUGUUUGCAGUCAUCGCUCUCCUCAACUCGAACAUCGUCUCAUGCUUCUAUCCUUCUUUCGAGUCCGAUGAGAAGAAGCUGAUCAUGGCCUUGCCCGUGGUGAUAGGUGGCAUAUCGAGCUUUGUCUUCAUGGUGUUUCCCAGCACUCGACAUGGCAUUGGAUACCCUUCAACACAGACCAAAGAUGAUUCUUCUGAGUAGUAUGUAGCAUAGGAUGGCUCAUGUGGGAAAAUUUGUAUUCACUUAAUUUAAGGAAUGGGAUAGGAGAGAAGUUUUCCUUUUCCUUGCCAUGAAUAAUAUGUUUUCAGCUUGUUGCACAUGAUCUGAAGCAUGAUUUGGUCAGUGAGUUUGUUCUCAUGCUCUUGUUUGUUUGGGCACCAUGUGAGUAUCUGUACAUGGACCUCAAUUUUUCUUAUUUGGAAAAACUUAUCACCUAUUUGGAAA